UUAAUGAUGAGAUGAUUGUUAGAUCUCAUCCGUGUUCGAGGCGACGCUAGAAGCUCUAACAUUUAAAUGCUCUUCCUCACUUUUCUCCUCCACUGCAAGAAUAGCGGUAGAGGUUUCAGAUCCGGGUUUCGCCGUCUCCUCUCCUCCUCCUCCUCCUCCUCCUCCUAGAUCUCGCUUCUUCGAUCUCAUUCUACCAAGGUUCGCGGCGGUUGUGGAUUUAAGGAAGUGAGGUUAUGGCGUCAAGACGAGCAAUUAAUCCGUCUCGACGCGCUUCUGAUAGUGGAAGCAUUCCACUCGUCGGCUCACUGCAACAGAAGUCACGGAGUUCGCCCCUUUUAUCCAUCGGAUUGGUUGUGGUGGCUGCCUUUUUUCUCAUUGGUUACGCGUUGAGAGGUUCAGGUGGAUUUGCCAGUGAGAAGGAAGCCAUAAGUAUUGGGCAAGGUGCUUCCUGCUCAUCAGAUGUUAUACAAGCUUUGCCUAUUCUAAAGAAAGCUUAUGGAGAUAGCAUGAGGAAGGUUUUGCAUGUAGGUCCUGACUCUUGUGCAGUCAUUUCAAAAUUGUUAAAAGAAGAAGAUUCUGAAGCUUGGGGUGUGGAACCAUAUGAUUUGGAAGAUACAGAUAGUAGUUGCAAGAGCCUUAUGCGCAAAGGCUUCGUACGUGUAUCUGACCUCAAGUUUCCUCUACCAUACAGACCAAAAUCAUUUUCCCUUGCUAUUGUUUCUGAUUCAUUGGAUUAUCUGUCUCCCAAGUACCUGAACAAGACCCUUCCAGAUCUUGCCAGGUUAUCAGCAGAUGGUCUUGUUAUAUUUGCUGGUUAUCCAGGCAAACAGAGAGCCAAGGUCUCCGAGCUGGCAAAAUUUGGAAAACCUGCCAAACUUAGGAGUUCAUCUUGGUGGAUUCGAUAUUUCGUCCAGACUGGUUUACAAGAGAAUGAAAUGGCUAUAAAGAAGUUCGAGGAAGCUUCAACCAAAAAUUCUUACAAACCGAGUUGCCAAAUUUUUCACGUCACUUCCUAGAAAGAUUGAGCUUUUAAAAGCUCCCAUUUAUUGGAACAGAUUAUUUUGUAGCCCCAUAUGUAAUGAAUCGUCCCUGGCAUUUUAAUUUCUCAGUAGUGUUGAUUUACACUACGACUGAAUCAUAUAUUCUUUCC